CUGGGCAACGACCGAGCCGCGGCGGCUGCGGCUCCUUCCUUGGAGGCAAAGGAAGAAGUGAAUGGCCCCCGGGACGCUCCGCGCUCGCUUCUUCGGCCCCAGUCGGGUUUGGUGUUUCUGUUUGUUUGUUGUUUUAAUUCCCCCGAAGAAUCCCCUCGCUGAAGAUGCAGGACCAGCGCCCCGGAGGCCAGGAGCUCUCCAGGGGGGCCUCCCUCGGCGACCUGGUGGAGGCGGUGGGGGCUUCGGUCCGCGAGCCCCCCGAAGGGAACGCGGGAGCUUAUGGACCCGGGGGCAGGGGCUGCGAUGAGGGGGCGGCCCCCCCUGGGCCGCAGCGUUUGGAGAGCAGAGCUCGGAGUGCGGCGGGAUCGGCCCCCGCCUGGGACCCUGGCACCCCGGACGGCGGCGGCUGGCCUUUGGCAGAGCACAACAGCUCCUGGGGGGACUUCGAGGGCUUCAGCGAGGCUGCGGACAAGUCCGACACCUUCAGCAGCCUGGACGUUCUGGAGCGCUGGGCUGCCCCGGGGGCGCGGGAAAGGGAUCCGGACUUAAAUGAUGCGCCCCCAACCUCCUGUGGCUGCCUGCAGCCUGACAGCUUACCCAGGGUGAGCGAAGCUGCUGCGGCUGCACACAUUCAGGCCAAUCUCAGCUAUGAGAAUAUUUUUAAGCUUGUCUUUCAAGAAGUACCAGUACAACAAAUGACUGAGGAUAUUUGCACCUUACACCAUUUUCUAGAAAAACAUAAUGAAGAAAAUACUAGUUGCAAACCUGUAAAGAAGCAAUUUUGCUCUGAGUCCCGAAAACUGUGGAGGAUUCUCCAAGAUGAAGAUGGCACAUCAACUUCAAAAUGCCUCUGGAGUAAAUCUCAUUGCCAAGACAAUUUCUUACUUGUUCUUGGAAUAGAUGCUGCUCAAAAAGAUCUUUCAGGAGGUAAGAAUGAUGUUCUGGAAGAUUCUAACCUGAAAGAGACUGAAGAGUUAGCAGAAGUAAAUGGCUUUAAUCUUAAUAAUUGCAAGGCACUAAUUCAAACCAAGCUCUCUGGAUCCUCAGCUCCCCGACACAGCAGCCUGUUUAUGUACAACUUGUUUUUGAAGAAGACUCCUUCCAGUGGAAAUAUGCAAUACAUAACAAUUCCAAGAAAGAAAAACUUUUUACUGCCCGGAAUCUAAAAUGAAACUUUUUAAUAGUGAUGUUUGCUAAAGAAAAUACUUUUUAUCUUU